CAUGAUCAUCUGAGAUUUAUCACCUUAAGGAGGAAGAUAACCUUAGAGCCCAAUUGGAAGCUGCAACUAGGGAACUUGAGACGUUAAAAAUGAAAAUUAAUAGAGUCACCCACACAGUUGCAAGGGUAGAAGCUCAGGCUCCAUGUUUUGUUUGUGGGGGAUUGGAUCAUUUAGCUCAAGAUUGCCUAACCUAUGGUGAGAUUAGAGAGGUUUAUGAAGAACAAUGUAAUGCAUUAGGAAUGGGUAGGGAACCUUUUUCACCCUAUUCAGAGACAUACAAUCCUAGUUGGAGGAACCAUCCCAAUUUUAGUUGGAAGGCUAAUCAAAACCAUCCCACAUCAUCCAAUAGUACUUGGAAUAGUGAAGCUCAACCACCUAGGUCUUACCCUACACCUCAAUACAAUACACGACUAGAUAGAAAUCCUUUAAAGGAAACACUUAAGGCAUUUAUGGAGGCACAAAAUAAGACUAACCAAAGAUUUGAUUCUAUUCUUACACAGGUGGUUGAAGAAAACAAGGAUAUCAAGAGUCAACUAACUAAGUUGACCAAUGCUCUUACUAUCCAAGAACGAGGUAAGAUUCCAUCUCAACCUCAAGCUAAUCCUAAAAAUUUACAUUUGGUGCAGGAAUCUACCUCUAAUUCGAAGAACAUUCAAGGGGUCAAUGCAAUCACUACUUGUAUUGGUAAGGUUAUAGAGCCGUUGCAAAAAUCACCUAAAUUGAAAGACGCUACUCCAAGUAGCCGUGAAGACGACCUGUUGGAAGAACCUGAGAAGGAGGUCCCAAUUCGAGUUCCUUUCCCUCAAGCUCUUAAAACUAGAAAGAUUUCAGACAACUAAGGAAUGGUUUGAUGAAACUUUCAUUUGGGAAUAUGACUCUUGAGGUGAAUAUUUUUCAUGUUGGGAAGCAACUAUAUGAUGAUGAUGAAUGUUAUCAAAUCUACAUGAUAGAUUCACUGGUUGAGGAAGUAUAUGAGAGGGAAAAUUUUGAAUCUUUAGAAUACCUCCUUGGUGACUUUGAUUUAGAUGAUGACUUUUUGAAUGAUCAUUCUAAUGUUUUCUCUAUUUCUAAUGCUAAGCAGGAUAAACGCAGAAAAUUUUU